UUCUGCAAGCUCUAUAACUAUAGCUAUAACUGGCUCUUCCCGCUUCUCUCGGAAAUCUCGGAUUUGUUGGGAAUGUUAUUUAUGUAAACGGGGAAUUUGGUUUCUUGAGGACGUGCUGUUUUUACUGCGUCUGUUCGUUUGGCAUAAAACAGAGGAGGCAUUUAAGACUUUAUUAGAGUCAGGUGGUAUCAGACUCUCUCUCUCACACACACACACACACACUCUCUCUGUCUCUCUCUCUCUCUCUGGUGUUCUGGACCCAGUGAACUACAUUGUUCUGUGAUUGUGCGCCAGUUUCUGGCUUGAUUGCUCGCCAUCGGUGCGAAACCGGCCAGAGAGAGUCCAGAACAUUCAGCAGAGACAGGAACCACUGAUCCAGCGAACAAGGAACGCUAUAAAGGAUCGUGAUGUGGCCGCGCGUUCUGCUAGCGUGUUUGCUGCUGGAGUUCUGCUGCGCGGCUCCACACGCUCACAUCAACCGGCUCGCGCUCUUCCCCGACAAGAGCGCCUGGUGUGAAGCCAAGAACAUCACGCAGAUCGUGGGACACACGGGCUGCACGCCACGAUCCAUACAAAACAGGGCCUGUCUGGGUCAGUGUUUCAGCUACAGCGUUCCCAACACAUUCCCACAGUCCACCGAGUCUCUGGUCCAUUGUGACUCCUGCAUGCCGGCGCAGACACAGUGGGAGGUGGUGACCCUGGACUGCGCCGACAGUGAUGAGGCCCCGCGCGUGGAUAAGCUAGUGGAGCGGAUCCUGCACUGCAGCUGCCAGUCGUGCAGUAAAGACAGCGGCCAGGAGGGGGCGCUAGUGCAGAUCUACCCGUCAGAGCUGUCAGACGACACACACACACACGCGCAUUCAGACACACUACCACCCGAGGGCGGGUGACGCCCAUCUCUCGCUCUGUUCAAAGCACUUUUACACGUAGAGAUCAUGACACUAAUCCAGACUUUAGCACAAUCACUGAAGCCUCAUUCAGCUCUGUGAAUACACACACACACACACACUCCACUUUAUAUUACUGACGCAUUUACACACCACCAGAUCUAUAUAUACACCUAAUGUAGCCUACAGGAGCACAUGUGUGUCACUUAUGUACAAUUGUUUAAUCACAAUAAAAUGUGAAAUCAC